ACCAUGGCUCCUACAAAGCAGACUGCCCGCAAAUCGACUGGUGGUAAAGACCCGAGGAAGCAACUUGCUACAAAAGCUGCUCGCGAGAGUGCACCCUCUACUGGAGGGGUGAAGAAACCUCAUCAUUACAGGCCUGGUACUGUGGCACUCCGUGAAAUUAGACGUUAUCAGAAGUCCACUGAACUUCUGAUUCGCAAACUUCCCUUCCAGCAUCUGGUGCGGGAAAUUGCUCAGGACUUCAAAACAGAUCUGUGCUUCCAGAGUGCAGCUAUUGGUGCUUUGCAGGAGGCAAGUGAGGCCUAUCUGGUUGGCCUUUUUGAAGACACCAACCUGUGUGCUAUCCAUGCCAAACGUGUAACAAUUAUGCCAAAAGACAUCCAGCUAGCACGCCGCAUACGUGGAGAACGUGCUUAAG